CUCUUUUUUGUGCGUCUUAUUUUAGAAACGCCGGGAAACGCUGUUCUUUCCAUUUCUCAAUUUAUUGCAAUUGCGCCAUAAAACACAUAAGUUACAAGAUGUCGGGAACAACACAAAAGCACAGGAACUUCGUAGCUGAGCCAAUGGGUGAUAAAUCUGUUACAGAAUUAGCUGGAAUAGGCGAGACGCUUGGUGGUCGCUUGGCCGACGCGGGCUUCGACAAAGCAUACACAGUGUUAGGUCAGUUCCUGGUAUUGAAGAAGGACGAAGAGCUUUUCAAGGAAUGGAUGAAGGAUGUGUGCCAUGCCAGCUCAAAGCAAGCGUCAGAUUGCUACAAUUGUCUCAAUGACUGGAGCGAGGAGUUCUUGUAAAAUGGCAUUUUCUAUGCACGGACGCACCGGAGAAGAGUUUCAACAAAUGCAUACAGAUAUUCUCCACAAUAUAAAAUUAGUGUUGUCCACAAAUAAUCUUAAGGUAUCAUAAUAUACAUAUAUCAAUUGUUAAUUUGAAUGCCUUUGAAGGUUAACUUUGCAAUAACUGUACAUGUAUUGGGCAUUGUAAAUUCACAAAAAAAAAUCAACUAACUAAGCAUUAAAUGAAUAAGCCUCGUGGUUAUUUAGAAAUACAACAAAA